AACCUAACUUGUCAGUCAAUCAACAAAGAACAUAGUUUUAUUAAUGUUUAGGUAUUUGAGAGAUUUUCAGUUUAAUCACAGACGAUCAGUUCCAGGAUUGACCGUGUAGCGAUUUAGCUAAAAAAAUGUCAACAUGCCACAUUAUCAAAAUUGAAGCCUAUUGCUGUAAAAACUGCGAUUUUAAGACUGAAUUAGCGCUUCUGUUCAAACAACACUGUAAUAAACAUCACUGCAUCAAGAGAGAAUUCAGAGAAGAUUUAUCAAGUGAGGACUUCAUUGUAAAAAGUUAUGUUUGCGAAAAAUGCAACUUUGAAACAAAUUUCUCGUUGAAGUUGCUUCAACAUUGUUCGGCAUGCACAAGAAUCAAAAGAAAACGGAGUCUAAAUCAUGAACAAGAUGCUGAAAAAUAUCCUCGUGAAACGAAAACUAAAACCACCGUGAAAAGACACAAAAACAUCGUCCACUUGAAUGACGAAGACAUUAUUAAAUGGUACGAAUGCAAAGAGUGCCCAUUCACCACUAAGCACGAAAAAUAUUUAAAAAGACACGUGACUACGAACCACUUAUCCGAAGAAAAAAUUAAGUGGUACGAAUGUGACAAUUGCCCAUACAAAACUAAACAUUCUGGGAAUUUAAAAAAGCACGUAAAUACGCGACAUUUGUGCGAAAAAGAACUGAAAUGGUACGAAUGCGAAGAGUGUCCUUUUAAAACCAAAUCCAAUUCGAAUUUAAGGGGGCACAUAAAUCGUGUCCACUCGAAAAAACCGAGAUGGUAUGAAUGUGCGCGCUGUUCAUAUAAAACUAAAGCGAAAAGUAACCUAAAAAGGCACGUUGCGGUUCAUGUGGAGAUCAAAUCGUAUGAAUGUGAGUAUUGUCCGUACAAGACGAAGUACAUUUCUGCUUUAAAGUGUCACAUAAAUUACCGGCAUUUGGAUGGGGCGGAAGCUAAAUGGUACAACUGCGAGCACUGUCCUUACAAGACUAAAAAUUCGUCGUAUUUUUAUGAUCACAGAAAAAGACAUGUAUAACACGUUUUAUAUUUUGUAUUAAAAUUGUUUCUUUAUUAA